UACGUUAAUAAACGUAAAUGCUUAAUUAAUCAAUGAUGAAUAAUGUGCUAUUGAAUAAUGCAGCUAUAUUUUGUAAUUUAUCCUUUGAUUUUUAAUGACAAUGAUUCCAAGUCAAUAUAGUGAUCCACAUUUUGUUGGUAAUCGUAGUGUUGUAGCACAUUUAAUGGAAUGGAAAUAUGAUGAUAUUGGUGAUGAAUGUGAACGUUUUUUAGGACCUUAUGGUUAUGGUGGUGUACAAGUUUCACCGGUAAAUGAACAUGCCAUUAUGGAUGGUAGACCUUGGUAUGAGCGUUAUCAACCAGUUAGUUAUGUAAUUCAAACACGUAGCGGUAACGAACAACAAUUUUGUCGUAUGGUACAACGUUGCAAUCGCGUUGGUGUUCGAGUAUAUGUUGAUGUUGUGCUAAACCAUAUGACUGGUGGCCAACAAGGCCUUGGAACAGCCGGUAAUCGUUUUAAUGGCCAUUUACAACAAUAUCCGGGUGUACCAUUCAAUCCUGAACAUUUUAAUGGUCAUGAAAGUUGUCCAACUGAAAAUUUAGAAAUUAUAGACUGGGAUGAUCCUAUUCAAUCACGUAAUUGUCGUCUAUUUGGACUUCGUGAUCUAAAACAAUCUUGUGAAUAUGUUCGUCGAAAACAAAUCGAAUUUCUGAAUAAAUUAAUCGAUUUUGGUGUAGCGGGUUUUCGUUGUGAUGCAUCCACACAUAUGUGGCCCGAAGAUCUCCGGAAUAUUUUUUCCCGUUUGAAUAAUUUAAAUGAGGAUUUUUUCCCACCAAAUUCCCGACCAUUCAUUUAUCAUGAAAUAAUUUAUUAUGGUGGCAGCGGUAUUAAUCCUAAUGAAUAUAUUUCAUUAGGCCACAUUAUUGAAUUCCGUUUCUGGAAAGAGAUAACAAACGUUUUUCGUGGCCACAAUCAGUUACGUUGGUUACAAAAUUUCGGCACCGAAUGGGGACUGAUAGACAGCUUUAAUGCAUUCAUCAUGAUUGAUAGUCAUGAUUUACGGGUCGGUCAUAAUGGUGAACUUGGGUUCAAUAUUAAUUGCUUUGAACCUCGAUUGUUAAAAGCGGCUACAGCAUUCAUGUUAGCAUGGAAUUAUGGAAUACCAAGAAUAUUAAGCAGUUAUCGAUGGAAACAAAUCAUAAAGGAUGGUAAAGAUUUGAACGAAUGGGUAGGACCGCCUACCGAUUUGUUCGGAAAUAUUAUUUCGAUAAAAAUCAAUCCAGAUAAAUCAUGGAAUGAUGAAUAUUGGAUUUGUGAACAUCGAUGGAAACAAAUUUACAACAUGGUUCAAUUUAGAUUGAUUGUCGGUGAUGAACCCAUUUCAAACUGGUGGGAUAAUGGUGAUAAUCAAAUUGCAUUCAGUCGUGGUCAUUCUGGAUUCAUUGCAUUCAAUUUACAAAAAUCGAAAAAGAAUACCGACAAUACUGGCAAAAACGAUAAUGAUAAUGACCAACUAGAUCUACGUCAAAGAUUGCAAACAGGUUUACCAGAAGGAAUAUAUUAUGAUAUAAUCAGUGGUGAUCAUACGGGUAACAAAUUGAUUACUGUCGAUCAAAAUGGUUGGGCCGACAUUUACAUCAGUCACGAUGAAUCGGAUGUUGUUUUUGCUACUCAUUUGAAAGCUAAAUUAUCAAAAUAAUCAUAUCAAUAUUACAUUAUCAACAACAUAAAACAUACAUGAAAAUUUUUGUUAUUGUUGUUGUU